GGAACUAUUUUAUAUAAAUAGAUUAUUAAGAUACAAUACGUUUUGGAAUGCUGUACACAUGUUAUGAAGGGGCCUUGACCUGUAAGAUUAUUAUCCAAUCAGCAAGGGGGUUUCCCAGUCACUUCUGCAUGUGCUUCUCGUUUACUAAUUGUUUUGCGAGAUCAUACUAAUUAACCAAUGAGAUUGCUCAUUAAGUUUGAAUUAACCAAUCAGCGCUUGUUAGCAGAGCUUUUGUUUUAAACGCGCAAUCAUAAUUAUUCUUAAAGCAACGCUUGCUUGUAGCAGUCAUUUUAUAAUUUUCGGGAAAAUAAUUUCUUAACCUGCCGAUUUUCACAGGAUCGUAUAUAUUAUAACAUAGUAUGGAUUAGUAUUUUCGUAGUGAAAAUGAACCCAGAGAUAUACGAACGUGCAGACAAACGUAUUAGAACAUUAUUGAAUAUUCCCGAUUGGUAUUUAUUAACAGAAAGUGACAUUCGUACUUUUGCAAGAUAUUUCCGACAAUCCGAAGGAAGUCGACGAUUUGUCUAUUGGAGUAUAAAGCUAGAUUGUGCAGCUUCGUGCAAUGGCUGUUUUUUCUGUGGAUAUAUAUCAAAGAUGUGCGUUUGCGCUACCAACGCGUCAGUAAGACAAGAUUAACUUUUUCUGUCAACUGUAUUUGAGAACGAACAGUAUAUAUUUAAAAUGUCUGACGACGAGGAUAUAACGUUUAUGACUACAUCCGAAAGACAAUCGUGUGACAAAGUUAAGGCAUGGGCCAGUGUGAUGAAACUGACAGAGGCAACCGCCGAUGCGAUCGUGGAGCUUGGGUUUAGCAGUAUGGAGGCAUUGCCUCUCAUCGAAGCGAACGAUUUAUUGGAAACUAACAUUCCUAUAGGACAAAAGAAGCUUUUGUUGAAGGCAAUACAAAAGACUUUUCCGAACGAUAUAAAUGCGGAGACGACAUCAACGUCUAGUACAUGCGUACAGCGAGGAUUUCAAAAUGGCGAAUUUGAGAAUGCUUCCGGUAAAAGUAAAGAUGGCGGCUCCAAUGGACCAAACAAAGAUGGCGGCUUCCGGGGACCGAUCCAAGAUGGCGGCUCUAAUGGACCAAACAAAGAUGGCGUCUUCCGGGAACCGAUCCAAGAUGGCGGCGCCCAUCGAAGUAACAAAGAUGGCGGCUCACCGGAGGAUUAUUAUAUACAAGCGGUGAUGAGGCAAUUAGCCUCCCAACAGAAACAACAAGAACUUUUACCUACUGCAGUGAAUUCAGUUGUAAAUGACAAUUCAAUGAACAAUUUAGGCUUACAGGCAUGCAGAGAAGUUGCUAACUUGGACAAUUUAGUAGACACAUUCAGGAGUUACACUUAUGCUGAAUCCACAAAAAAGACUUAUCAGACUUAUUUGAACUCUUACAAAAAAUUUUGUGCACUUGUUAAUAUUUCUUUAGUACCUUUAAGUAAAGAGAAUCUAGCCAGAUACAUUGCAUUUUUGUCACAAAAAUUGUGCUUUAAUUCUAUCAGUAAUUAUAUAUCAAUAAUUAAACUUUUACAUUUGGAGGCAGGUCAACCUCCACCAAUAGAUUCUCAUUACAUUCAUACUGUUUUGCAGGGGGCUAAACGGGUAUUGGGUACAAUGGUUAAAAGAAAACUCCCUAUCACACCUCAACUGUUAAAAAAGAUUUUAACAACCCUUGAUCUUCAAAAUCAAAAUCAUAUUAGUUUUUGGGCAGCAUGCUUAGUUGCCUUUUUCUCCUUUUUUAGAAAGUCCAAUUUAUUUGUCCCCACUUUAGCUGAAUUUGAUGCGGGUAAGCACCUCAGUAGACAAGACAUUGUUUUUCAGCCUAGCGGCACUUUGCUUCGCAUACAAAAGUCAAAGACAAUACAAUUUGCCAACAGAUUGUUGGAAAUUCCACUUCCCAGAAUCCCUAAUUCCCCUCUUUGUCCUUCACAGGCACUGCUGUUACAUGUUAAAAUGAUACCUGCUGUCAGCUGUCCAUCCCCCGCCUUCUUGUACAUAUCUAAGGGGACAACAGUUCCUUUAACAUAUUCCACUUUUCUUCAAAUGCUAAAGCAUUCUUUAUCACAGCUCGAAUUGGACACCAGUGGCUACUCUGGUCAUAGCUUUCGCAGGGGUGGUGCUACAUUCGCUUUGGAAUGUGGGGUUUCGUCAGACCUCAUCCAGGCUCAGGGGGAUUGGAAAAGUGAGGCAUACAAAGGUUACUUAGACCCUUCCUUUUCUCAUAAACAGCAAGUCAUGAAUGCCUUUGCAUCCGCCCUAAGUCAAAAGCGUCCUUCUGAUGCAUAAACCUAAAUUACUACUUUUUCACAGGUUUGGGAUUAUUUUGGAGUACCACAGUUUUUCAAUUUGAUUUUGCUUUCUUUGUAAAUAUCUUUAUUGCGUAUUGAUAUGCAAAGAAAAUAUUAAACUGUGAUUCUUCUCCCAAACCUGUGUUUGUUCAAUUUGUACUUAAUACAAUAACCAGUAAGCUUAUGCCUUGGUCCCGCUACUUAACUCUGAUUAGUGUAAAUCAAGUGCCUACCUGCAUUGUAACUCUUCAGCAUUAGGUGUGGGCACCAAAGGGAUAGCAACCUGGUUAUUGGUACCACUGGCCUUAAUAUGCAACAUCAAAUAAGGGAGGAUCUGGGUGGGACAAGUUUUUGUGGAUUAAUGGAACUAUUUUAUAUAAAUAGAUUAUUAAGAUACAAUACGUUUUGGAAUGCUGUACACAUGUUAUGAAGGGGCCUUGACCUGUAAGAUUAUUAUCCAAUCAGCAAGGGGGUUUCCCAGUCACUUCUGCAUGUGCUUCUCGUUUACUAAUUGUUUUGCGAGAUCAUACUAAUUAACCAAUGAGAUUGCUCAUUAAGUUUGAAUUAACCAAUCAGCGCUUGUUAGCAGAGCUUUUGUUUUAAACGUGCAAUCAUAAUUAUUCUUAAAGCAACGCUUGCUUGUAGCAGUCAUUUUAUAAUUUUCGGGAAAAUAAUUUCUUCCCACCCACCACUCCCUAGUGGACUUUUAUUGAUAUUUGCUAUAUUCAUAUGUAUAUUACAGAUAUUGUUUGUAGAAUCUAUGCAUUCUUUAUAUUGUUUAAUUAGUAGAGUAGUAAUGUUUCAAAGAAUUCACAGUUUUUAUGUACUUCUUGUAUGGAGUACCACAGUUUUUCAAUUUGAUUUUGCUUUCUUUGUAAAUAUCUUUAUUGCGUAUUGAUAUGCAAAGAAAAUAUUAAACUGUGAUUCUUCUCCCAAACCUGUGUUUGUUCAAUUUGUACUUAAUACAAUAACCAGUAAGCUUAUGCCUUGGUCCCGCUACUUAACUCUGAUUAGUGUAAAUCAAGUGCCUACCUGCAUUGUAACUCUUCAGCAUUAGGUGUGGGCACCAAAGGGAUAGCAACCUGGUUAUUGGUACCACUGGCCUUAAUAUGCAACAUCAAAUAAGGGAGGAUCUGGG